CAGAGCCCCGGUGCGCCCCUGUUCCAAUGGAAACAGGUGGGAUUCCCGAACUCUCCAAUCAAACCCGCCCUGUGCUGUGGAGCAGGGUGGAGAGUGCAGAAGUCCACAACCGGAGGCAGGACUCAACCAACUUCUACGUUGCGAACAGGAAAAGUCGGGAAAACACAUCUUCCCCUGCAUGACGCCGUCUGUCUUGGCCUGCAUGUGUCCUCGGAGCGUUUCCUGCAGUUCACCGGGGCGCUGCUGAACUUCUCCCCGCCGCUCGCGCUGCUGUUUAGGCGGCGUCGGAGCGUCGCUGCGCUCGGGACGCCUCGCUGCUAUGAAGAACACCUAACUGACCGGAUAUUCGGGUUGUUUUUCUUGGAUUUAUCCCCUUUCCAAUCGACCUGGCUUUUAUCCUGGUCGCGUUCUCCUAUAGUGUGGAUAUAUAAACAGUUGGGAAAAUGCCUGGGAAAACCAAGUAUAACCUCGUUGAUGACGGACACGAUUUGAGGAUUCCGUUGCACAACGAGGAAGCAUUCCAGCAUGGGAUCAACUUCGAAGCAAAGUAUAUCGGCAGUCUGGAUGUGACGCGGCCGAGCAGCAGAGUGGAGAUUGUUGCUGCCAUGAGACGGAUCCGGUAUGAGUUUAAGGUGAAAAACAUCAAGAAGAAGAAAGUUCACAUCGUUGUGUCAACAGACGGAGUCAAGGUUACCUUGAGAAAAAAGAAAAAAAAGAAAGAGUGGACCUGGGAUGAGAGCAAGUUGAUUGUAAUGCAGGAUCCAAUUUACAGAAUAUUCUACGUUUCUCAUGACUCACAAGAUUUGAAGAUCUUCAGCUACAUUGCCAGAGAUGGUCAGAGCAAUGUUUUCCGCUGUAAUGUGUUCAAGUCCAAGAAGAAGAGUCAGGCCAUGCGCAUCGUCCGGACAGUUGGCCAGGCGUUUGAGGUUUGUCAUAAACUGAGUCUACAGCAUACACAGCAAAAUGCAGAUGGAAAGGCGGACUGCAACGGUGAAAAAAAUGGUGGCGAUUCCUCUGGUGUGCGUGCUUAUCCACCUGUAUGUGUGUGUACUUUCCUCGGCCCAGCUCGGGAGCUAACAGGUGCAGAGAAGGCUCCAGCUAGCGUCGCGGAGGAAACGGACAUUGAUGCCGAAGACGUGGUCCAGGUGCCGACGGCCGAGGACCUGAACCUCAACAGAGGAGUGACAGAUCUCGAUGCCACUGCCAAGACACCUGACUUAACCCAGUCAGAAAAUAAGGUUUUGGAGGAGCCUUCUCUUCUGAUGUCCAGUCCCAGGAUGCUGCUCCCAGCGUCGGGCACGCUGCCUCCUGGCGCUCCAUUGUCUGUCCACCACCAGAUCCAGCUGCUCCAGCAGCAGCUUCAGCAGCAGCAGCAGCAGACUCACGUCGCUGUAGCACAGGUCCAUCUCCUGAAGGACCAG